AUGUUGGAGUUCCGAAGGACUGAGCUACUUCGCCUAGAGGAGUCAAAGGGGAAACUGAGUUUGGGUGAUGUCACCUCUGUCAACCUCACUAUUCUGUCCGGCGGCCUACAGCCGAAUAUCGUACCUCCUGAACUUUCUGCUACUUUUGAUAUUCGACUUACACCCACUAUUGACUUUCCUCAGUUUGAACGUCAAUUGAAUUUAUGGCGUGAGGAGGCGGGAGCGGAAGGAAAAUUUGAAUACUUGCAGAAAGACAUGAGUUCAACUGGGCAUGGUUGUAUCACCGUCGAUCGCCCUGAUGAGUCAUCUGACCAAGUGUGGAGCAUUUUAGCAGAGGUAUGUCGUAAAGCAAAUGGAACAAAAGUUCUACCCUCUAUCUUCCAAGGAGCAACUGAUGCCCGUUUUGUGAGACGCGCCCAUUUAAUAAAUCCCAAAAUAGCAAAACCCGGAAGAGCCCUUGGAUUUUCGCCAAUGAGGCGGACUAAGGUAUGCUUUUUUAUAUUUAUAGUGCUCGUCGGUGCAAUGUUCAGAAGUAAACUCACUCUCAUCUUUUAUGCAAAUCGUCAUGGUCCUGGCCCUGCAUAA